UCAUGUACUACAAGUAUAAGGGUUUUCAGACUUAAUUCAUUCAAAAUGAAGUCCCUUUUGCUUCUUAUAUUACUAGAAUUUUUUAUGACCAAAAACGCUGCAAGCAUAAAAUCUAACGGGAGAAAGCUAAGGCGUUUUACGUUUAAAGAUGAUCCGAAAGUGAAAACAGCCAGACCUGUCAUUGGUAUUCUUACACAAGAAGUAUCGGGAAAUCGAGAAAUUUUUGGUUACGGCCAAUACGUCGCAUCGUCUUACGUAAAGCUGAUAGAGGAGGCAGGCGCAAGAGUGGCACCGAUAUUAAUGGAUCAAACACCAGAUGACAUAGAAAAGUUAUUUUAUUCAAUUAAUGGAUUACUUUUACCUGGAGGGCAGUCGAUGCUCAACGCAUCUAGAUACAUGACAGUUGGCAAGCAGCUAGUUGAACUGGCAAUUAAGUCCAACCAAGAGGGUAAAGUAUUUCCAGUAUGGGCAGAGUGCUUGGGAUUUGAACUGAUAACCAUAGUUGUUACAAGAGUUGACCCUAAACAAGGAGGACAGUACAAUCCGGAGUUGUUCACAGCGACCAAUGCAACAAAUUACACCACGACACUGCAGUUUCAUAAUAUCAAGAAGAGUCAAAUAUUUUCCAAAAUGCCAAAAGAAUACAUACAAUUCAUGGAACAAGUCCCUUUUUCAUAUAAUAACCAUUUAGUAGGAAUGAACUCAAAGACUUUCAAUCGAUAUGAACCACUCAAAGAAAUGUUUCGUAUCACAUCCACAAGCAGGGACAGAAAUGGAAGAGAGUAUAUUUCAUCAAUGGAAGGUAAAGAAUAUCCGUUCUUUGUAUGGCAUUGGCAUCCGAGCAAGCCCCAAUACGAGUGGUUGUCCAAUCUGAACAUCUUUCAUUCAAUGUACUCAACCCGAGUGAUCCAGUGGUUGAUUGAUUUCUUUAUGGACAAUGCUGUGCAAAAUGAUCACAAGUUUCCAUCAAAGCAAGUAGAAGACAACGCUCUUAUUUACAAGCAUCCUCUACUCUACACAGAACGACUAGGCAGUGCUAUGACAGAGUAUCACUUUAUUAAUCGAAUUCCUUAUAAAACACAAUUUGCUUUGGGUGAGCAAGUAUACGUUAAGGCAGGAAAGGAUCCAGAGAAAGGUGAAGCCAGAUUAAAGGAAAUUAUUCGCAUGGGUAAAGGACGGCAAUGACGAUGUGGAGAGCUUUCUUUUGCUGUAAAUAUAUACUUAUAUAUUUUUUAUUUAUAUAUUUAGUGCAAAGCUACAAUCAUGAACAAAGAGAUGAGAAUGUUUUUUAAAUCGCUGAAUGUUGUUAAGCUCCCCUCCAGCUAGCCCCCUCUCGCUGAAAGUUAUGUUUUAGAGAUCAAACUUACCAAAUGGAAUCUGUUUGGAUACUAAAAAUUCUAUUUAGGAGUUAGGUGGUGGUGGAGAGCACGUUCUGGUGAACAGUCCUCAACGGUGCAGUUAUUUUCAAUUAACCUUUUGUUCAAGAUUGUAGCAUCUUUUUAACCUUUUGACAAUAGAUAUUUUAAAGGCCCACAUACAUCCGGGAGCCUUUGUCGUCGUUAAUUCUCCUUCCAAGAUUUUUCGCAUUCGAGAAAAAUUCACAAAGGUUCGGAUAUGGUGAGUAGGCCUGUGACGUAGCUAGCUAAAAGACCGGUUCACAGCAAGUCUGACCUGUUUGUAUACAUUAGAUUAUAUUAAAUGCGCCAUAUCAGACUCAUGUCAUCAUCCAUUGUUUGUUUAGAUUACAUUUUUGUUUUGAAGGAUCUUCAGUGGUGGAAAAUAAGGCAGAACACUUAGAGUGAAGUCAGUGAACCCGUGAAAUAGACACCUUUUUCUUCUGAGUCUAUUACGUUGACACACUUUAAAAGUGAAAUUUUCUUUCACGRGUUUAAUGUUCUCUGACUCUAAAUUAUUGUUUUCCUUGGUACUUCAACUUUUCGUAUCAAUCACUAGCAGUUAGCGUUUCACGUAUUUUGUACUAUUUGAGUUUUACGGAUUUAUAGUGUGUCCACUCUACGCCUUACUUAUACAGACUCUGGACUAUGACUUGACUCGAUCUGAGAGGUUCAUCUCGGCUUUUAUUAGACCUCCCCGAUAGUCUUUUCACGUUCACUGCGCCAUUUUGAAUUGUACCCGUAUCUUUGCAUAGAAACGAGAUGAUUGGUGAGCGUGCAAUAAUAGACAUAAUGUGAACAAAUGUUUCAAGAUGGCGCUGGAAACCAUAAGGGCACAUUGAAAUUGAAAUGACUCUACGCCAUUUCUUUUGUAUUUAUACAUUAUAUAUUUGUUUAUCAACUAUGUUUUAUUAUUUAUUCCAUGCCGUUUCAUGGUCUUUUGUAUUCAAUGUAUCGACAUAUGUUAAAGAAUUUGUACUGUGAAAAUCGAGGGUUAACCUCAGUUUUUUAUUGCUUCAAACUACUGCAUCACUCACCAGUGGAGAUUGUACAUUUUUGUCGUUGUUUUCCAGUUAAGCAAUUAUCAAAAUUUAGUUCAAAAGUCGUAUUUAGAGUCCUACUUAAAUUAAAAUUAACUGAAAUAUAGCCUGCGUGACGUCGAACCAAUUUGUUGUGUUGUGUUCGACUGCACGCAGGCUACUGAAAUGACUUUCAAAGUAGCUUUACCAUUUGACUACUAAAAUAAUCUUAGAUAAAUUUAUUUAUAACUAUAAAAUCUUAAUCGUGUUGAAAAGAUGCAGAUGAAACUAUCAAAUGAAUGAAAUGGAAAGAAAGUGGGGUUGUCUUACUUGUUCCUUGGCCCUUUGCCUGCCCCCACCACCUCCCCCUCCGAAAUAUUGGACUGGUAUUAUUCCCUUGAAUUCUAUGCUUCAAACCUGUUUUUUCCACAUCUAAAGUUGAAGUUUUAAAAGUUCAAAUAUACAGAACUUGCCAAGGAAGUCUAAUGUCCACCUAAAUAUGAAUAAACGGCAUCAAUCAGCA